UCUCUGUCUCUGUUCUUAACACACUGUGGUUGAAGAAGAAGCUUUUCUUCCUUUCUCUCUGUUUAUUAUCUCACGCAUAUAUUCCCUCAUAUUCAUUCAAUUUCUCUCAAUCAAUCAAUCAAUUAACGCACUCUUCUUCUCUUCCCUUUUACACUUUCGUUUAAGCACACUGUGUUAUUUGAUCCCUUUUUUCUUCACCCCAACUCUUUCAAUUAUUUUUCUGGGUUUCUUUUAUCUUUAGAAUCUCAUAAUCACCUCACCGCGAUCGUCUUCUAAUGCGGAAUUGUUGUUUGGUUUCUGAGAAACUCCGAGAAAAUCAGAGUGUUCCCGUGUGUACUCUUUUUUAUCCUCUAUUUAGAGGCUCAGAACGCUCGACCCAGUUCUAAUUUUUCUGGGUUUUGUUCGUUAUUCAGUGGAAAAACGAAAAAAGAGAAGAUUUUUGAAUUUGGGUCGUGUCUUUUUUUUUUUUCUGUUUUUUUCUCUCUUAAUAAUAGGAUAUUUUCCUUCGUUUUCUCGGUAACCAAACGGGGGAGAAGUUACUUCGUUGACAGGCUUGGAAAAUGCUGGGGACUGCCCUGCAAUUUCGUGGUGUUCGUGGUGAGGAUCGGUUUUACAUUCCGGUGAAGGCAAGGAAGAAUCAGAAUCAGCGUAAACAAGCUCAGAGAGACAAGAGUGGUGAAGCUGAGAGUGCUGAUUCAGCUUCAAAGAACCAACUUGUUGCUUCUGAGAAUAGGAAUCCCAAUGAAUCUUCAUACUCGUUGAACAAGCCAUCUUCAUGUCCUUCUGUAGAUCCUGCUAGUAACAUUGAUAGGUUCCUGGAGUCCACAACGCCUUUAGUGCCGGCUCAGUAUUUCUCUAAGACAACAGUGAGAGGUUGGAAGACUUGUGAUGUGGAAUAUCAAUCUUACUUUGCCUUGAAUGAUCUCUGGGAAUCGUUUAAGGAGUGGAGUGCAUAUGGAGCAGGAGUCCCCUUGCUACUUGAUCAAAGAGAAUCUGUUGUCCAAUAUUAUGUUCCUUAUUUGUCGGCUAUUCAACUAUAUGGUCAAUCAGCUAAGAAUUCAAAUGCGAAGCCAAGGUACACCAGUGAAGAUAGUGACGGUGAUUACUACAGAGAUUCAAGUAGUGAUGGAAGCAGUGAUAGUGAAUUUGGAAAAAGAACUGAACCUUUUAUGGCACAAAGAAGUGGUCAAUAUCAGACAGGCGGUGUUUCUUUUCAAAUGAACAGGUUAUCUGUACAGAAUAAAGAUAAUACAAUGCAAGAGGGAUUUUCUAGCGAUGACAGUGAAACUGGGAAUCCUCAAGAUCUUCUUUUUGAGUAUUUUGAUCAAGAUCCUCCUUAUAGUCGUGAACCAUUGGUUGACAAGAUACUAGAUCUUGCACGUCACUAUCCUAGCCUGAAGUCGUUGAGAAGUUGUGAUUUAUUGCCAGCCAGUUGGAUGUCUGUGGCAUGGUAUCCUAUAUAUCGAAUACCCACAGGUCCAACAUUAAAAGAUUUAGAUGCCUGCUUUCUUACAUACCAUACGCUCCAUACACCCUUGACAGGAAAUGGAGGUACUCAGGCUCCAGUUUUGGUUUAUCCCAAUGACAUGGAUGGUGUACCAAAGAUUUCCUUGCCAACUUUUGCAAUGGCUUCAUAUAAGUUAAAGGGGUCUAUUUGGAUGCACGAUGGAGUUAAUGAGAGUCAACUAUCAAAUUCUCUCUUGCAGGCUGCAGAUAACUGGUUAAGGCUGCUUCAGGUGAAUCAUCCAGAUUAUCAGUUCUUUGUAUCCCAUGGCACAUACCACAGGUGAACCGAAUGAGUUGACAUGUCAUUACAUUCUCAUGGGUAAAUCCUAAAGCUAUUAGCCUUGAAUUUCUGUGUUCAUUGCUUGGUGCAAACUUGGUAUAGUCCAUCCAUCUAUUGAGACACUAGUGGAGAUGGGACUGCUAAUGUGUGUUCCUGUUACACAAAAAAUGAGUUGAUCUCAAGCGAAGAAUGAAAAAAGAAAAAGAUAAAAAAAGUUGUUUUGUAUGGAAAAAAAACUGUGACAUAAGUGGAAUGCCCUAAUGGAAAGGGACAAAGAGCUGAAUAAACCGCAAAACAGGUUCACAGGGAAUAUUUGUGGCAUUAUCCAAUCGUUUUCAGCUCAGUAAUGUUUUGAGUUUUUAGACUUGAGUAUUUUUCUUAUAUUGUGAUUUUGAAAAGAAUGGAUUAGAUAUGUAGAUUUUUCUGUAUAACAUGGUACAAUUUUGGCUCUCCAUCAGCAUAUCUGAUGAACAUGUCGUUACUCUGGUGAGAGAAAAGGGAAAAGUAGAUGGUGCUGUAAAAGAUUCUACUGUUUCAAAAUAAGUAUUGUACUCUUAUGUCAGUAAUUAGGUCAAUUAAGGUGUAAUGUUUGCAAGAGUAUGAAUGGAGCUGAUGUUACUGUACAA